CAUUACCAUGCUGAUCGUAGUUGGCAGUUUGUCGGCAGGCGAAGCAUUGUUGUGCGAGUGAGUCGGCGAGACCAAGCUGGUCAAGCAAUUCAGAGCUCCGUGGGUACAGGGUGAUGGCUCGACCAUAUUGGUCCUGUGACGAUUUGGCAUAUUUUUCGAUGAUUUUGAUCUUGUGUGUGGAACGGGGGAGAUUGCGGGCGAGUUGGUAAGCGGUUAUAAGACCUAUAUUUAGUGUUUGCGAUAUCACAUAUGCGGAUUGCGGGGUGGGUUGGUAUACCUACAGGUCCUCCACCAACAAUGAGGACAUCAACCUGUUCAACUCCGAGCUCUGAAUUGCUCAUCUUGUUCUGUUCUUGGUCACUAAGCUUUGGAAUACCAAGAGGCUCUGCGACCUUAUGCCGGGCCAUCUUCACAAGCUUCAAGUUGUCCAUCGCACCAUGGGUACGCCAUUCAUGGACGCAGGAUGGGUUAAGCGUGCCGGCGAUAACGGCUCGCCAGAGCCAAUUGAGAUAUAUUGACCAAUGGGAGAACGAAGGAAGCAGAUGGCCCCAUGACGGCUGCUGGGAUGCGCAGGAGGAAGCGACCGAAGAUGGGGGUUCAAGGGCUGUGGUGUAGAUGCCGAUGAUAAGAUAACGGAUGGGGGACGCAAGACAAGUCUAGCACACCAUAGAUACU